CUUCCAUCCCACUCCCCGAUCAAUUUUUCCUCGAUCGACUGCGGUUUCUUGUUGCUAUGCAGCCUCCUCUCCUCUCAGUCUUUUCUUCUCGAGCGGCUAAAUCAAACCCCGAUGCUCUGAGGAUAAACUAUCCCAUUUCCGAAGCUUUACCUCUUUCUCGUCGAGCCUUUUUGUUUGAAAUUUUUUCGUUUUGUCUUGGUCAGUGUUAGUCGACGCCAUUGUCGAGGCAAAAGAGGCAAACGGACGAGCGAAACAAGACAAAAAAGAGGAGGAUGUCUCUCUGCUUCUGGUGUUUUUCAUCCGAAUUCGCGCGCUGUCCCGCCGGUAGCCGCGUGGUGGAGCCCGUGAGCUUAGCUGCUGACGGGGUUCCCCAUUAAUAUCUCCCCCAUCCCUUCCCUCUGCUUUUUCUCCUCCGCCUGUUUGCUCCUCUGCUUACAACAGUACAGUACACACUAGUCCUCUCGUAGUGGCUGCAACCAACACAAGUGUGUUCGGUCUCUCCUCGUAGCUUCAGCUCCGUAUAAACUAGCCAUUUAUCAUCAAUCAUGGCCGCCGGAGUACAAAUUUAACUCGCGUCUUUCCUCCCUGUCGUCUGGAGGAGGGGAGGAUUUAUUUUUUUGUUUCAGUUUGAAGAAGCAAAUAUAUUUACAUAUAUAUAUUCGUCCCACAGUGAUUUUGCUGUGAUUUCCUCUUGGAAUUACAAUACAUCUCACGGGAGAAAUACCAUUCAUGUCAAUACUCCAAAAUGCAGCCACCGCCGAGGAAGGUCAAAGUGACACAGGAGCUGAAAAACACUCACACGGACCAGAUGACAAGGCUGCACUUUAAGCACCAGACCGAAUGUGACCUGCUGGAAGACAUGAGGAGCUACAGUCUGAAGAAGGGGCAGCUGGAGCGGGACUAUGCACAGGCCCUGCAGAAGUUAGCGAGUCAGUACCUGAAGAGAGACUGGCCUGGAAUCAACCCUGAUGACCAGAGAACAGACUAUAGGAAUGUGUAUGCAGUGUGGAGGUCGUACUUAGAGGGUACGGUGCAGGUGAGCCAGUCCAGGCUCAACGUAUGUGACAACUAUAAGAGCCAAGUGUCGGAGCCCGCUAAGACCGUUAGACUCUAUAAGGAGCAGCAGCUCAAAAAGACCAUAGAUACGUUAAGUGGCAUUCAGGCAGAGCUGCAGGAGUCAGUGAAGGAGCUGGCCAAAGCCAAGAAAAAAUACUACGACUGUGAGCAGGUUGCCCACGCUGUGCGAGAGAAGGCAGACAUAGAGGCCAAGUCGAAACUGGGUCUUUUUCAGUCAAGAAUUAGUUUACAGAAAGCCAGCGUGAAGUUGAAAGCUAAGAGAAGCGACUGUAACUCCAAGGCGACGCAGGCCAGGAAUGACUACCUGCUAACGCUAGCUGCUGCCAACGCUCACCAUGACCGCUACUACCACACAGAUCUACUGCACUGCAUACAGGCCUUGGACGGCAGAAUCUACGAGCAUGUGAAAGACUACCUGGUCGCUCUGUGUCGCACUGAGCUAGAGGCCUCGCAAGCUACACACAACACCUUCCAGUUCCUUUUGGACAAAUCCACCAGGAUAAUACAAGAGUUCAACCAGCAGUUGUUCAUGCAAGAGAAUCCCGUCUUUCACAAAGCACUCGACUUCCAGUUCCAGCCCAGUGAAUGUGACACGACUCUGAGCUCGGUGCAGCAGUUGGUGGACAUUGAGCCGUCGCCCGUCAGUGCCAUGAGAAUGACCCUGGCACAGAGUCGUCAGCUGGAGUCGGAGACGGGGACGACGGAGGAGCACAGUCUGAACAAGGAGGCCAGGAAAUGGGCAACCAGGGUGGCCAGAGAGCACAAGAACAUCAUUCACUAUAAGAGAUCUCUGGAGGAGUGUGAGAGCCACGGCUUGCCUCCCACGGAGCAGGGAAGACUAGAUCUGGAGCUGAAGAUUGAAGACACCAAAGAAAACAUCCGCAAAGCUGAGACAAUAAAGUUGAAAGCUGAAGCUCGGCUGGACCUUCUGCGGCAAGUGGGCGUUGCCGUGGACACCUGGCUGAAGAGCGCCAUGAACCAGGUGAUGGAGGAGUUGGAGAAUGAACGUUGGGCCAACUACACUUCCCACGAUCCCUCACUGUCGGGCACAGUGGAUUUGGAGCGCGAGGAAGGCGAAGAGUGUGAAGAGAAUAUGGAAGUUUUCGACGACAGCAGCUCCAGUCCUUCGGGAACCCUCCGCAACUACCCGCUGACCUGCAAAGUCCUGUACUCGUACAAGGCCUCUCAGCCGGACGAGUUAACUAUUGAUGAACAGGAGAUGUUGGAGGUCAUUGAGGAUGGAGACAUGGAGGACUGGGUCAAGGCACGCAAUAAGACAGGUCAGGUGGGCUACGUCCCAGAGAAAUACCUACAGUUCCCCACCUCCAACAGCCUACUGAGCAUGCUCCAGUCUCUGGCUACGCUGGACGCUCGGUCCCACACCUCGUCCAACUCAACGGAGCCGGAGCUGCACUCUGGCUUUAUCAACGGAGACACAAAUAUGGUGUACGUCCGCGCACUUUACGAUUACGAGGGCCAGGCCGAUGAGGAGCUCUCCUUUAACGAGGGAGCUGUGAUCCGCCUGCUGAGCCGCGACACUCAGACGGACGACGGCUUCUGGGAGGGCGAGCUGAACGGACGGGUGGGCGUCUUCCCCUCCGUGCUUGUAGAGGAUCUAACUGAGAAUGGGGAGACCAGGGGAGGAGGGCCGGGUGACACACAGAUCUCUCCAUCUUUGAAGCUACCGUCGUCUCUGCCACCUCUUCCGCUGUACGACCAACCUCCCAUCAGCCCUUUCACCAGCCCCGAGACCUCCACCCCGCCUCCUCUGCCGCGCUCGCCCUCCACUGCACUUAACGGGGACCAUAAGCCCCCACUGCCUGCCUCGUCACACAAAGGGCCGCUGUCCACUCACAAUCAAAGCUCUGGGAGGAGUCCAGUGUCUCCAGGAUUUGCUCAGACUCAGUCGCUGAGAUUCACUCCUGAAGGAGGCCCAGGGAAGCUACGACCUGUGCGAGCUGCUCCUCCUCCACCAAAGCAGCACGCCCGCCGACAGCAGGAGAAGAGCGACAAGACAGAGGAGGUGGAGAUCACGCUGGUGUGACAGACAGACAGACAAGCUGGCAGGCGGUUAUAGGCACACACAGAAACAGAUGAAAGACAGAUGUAUCCUACAGGCUGAGGAACUGAACUGCUCUGAACUGAAAUAAAGGGAUGUGAAGCGAACUGAACUGAACCACAUCGAGCCCUCGGGCCACCUCACAUCUUCUCUCCUCCUCGAGUUGAGGAGGAGAGGAGAGAAAGGGGAGGGGGGGAGUAAAGACAGAGUAUCCAAUUAAAUAAUCUCCGUAUUAGCUUCCUAAUGGAGGGCGGCAUCCCGCUUCACCCUCUCCCCGUCCUUCCAUUCUUGCCUUAAAACCUCACCUCAAUGGGGCAGCAAGCCAGGGCACGGUGAAGAGGAGGAAGAAUGUUUGGGUGAAGAGGAGUGUGACAAAAAGUCAAAUGGGUUUGGCAAGUUUCCUAUUGGCUCGUUAAGCUUACUUCAAGAUAAGUAAGAGCAGUUUAUCGCUCCGCACAGGCUGUUGUCAACAAAAUAAUCACGAAGCCUGAGAGAAGAUUUGGAUCCUAGAAAUUGACAAAAUGUAGUAAAAGUUUUUCGGAACAGUUAUAUAAAAAUAUAACUGAAUACACGCAUAAUGCUAUUUAUAAAAAGCUGCAUUGCAGGACUUUAAAUAAAUGAACGUUCAAGUCCUUAGCAAUCCAGGUUGAGCUAAGCAGCACCAGGUAAAUCUCUUCGUAUUUGAGUUUUAAAUCUGCAGCGUCAUUCCUGCACUGACUCACCAGCAGCGGUUUGUGUUUUGCCUAAACCAACAACAACUGUGUGAAGCAGCAAGCAGGAGUGUGGCCUAGCCCGUGGCAGAGAAACCUGAGUUGAACUAAUGUAACUCUGCUCCCGUGAGUUUCAUCGUCUCUCGCAGUCAGCAACAAGGAAAUAGAAUCUAGAAAGCACUCAAGAAAAGUUUCUGACUGUCCAGAGAAUUAAGAGGAAGGGUUAGAGUCAAAAAAAAGAAAAAAAGAAGAGAAGGCAUAUGCACUCCUCACUCACUGUUUGUGUAAUAACUCUCACCACCAGAAGAGGGAGACAAAUUGUUCUGCACAAAAGCUUUAAUCAACAUUUAUAAGUGUAACUCAGUAGGUUGAUCAUUUCAGGUGUGCUCUGUUUAACUCUUCUAUUUAUCUAUUUUCCACCCACGCAGAGGAGAUAACCUCUAAGAUGUAGAGGACGACUUCAUGCCGUCUGUUUUCUAUCCUCUCCGUUUGGAUUUGGAAACAAAGGUGCAGCUUGGAAACUGAAUCAUGCUUUCAUCUCUGAUAGGAUCCAGAAGUUCCUUAAACAGCUUCAAUCAAAUUAUGGUCAUAAAUGAGAAGCACAAACUGAGGCAGUCCUAUGCUGCGAGGGAAAUGGAGAACGGGAAGGCUUAAUGGGACACAGAUAAAUGAGCAGAUGUCUCAAAAUAGAAGGGGCAAAAGAAUUUUUCUUUUACUACAUUUUGCAAGUGUCACAUCUCCGUAAAAUGUCAGCUUGACCAAAGGGAACGAGCAGGAAACUUGCCAGGCUCGUCGUGUGUCUCGUGUGCGGCAGGAGCUGAAGCAAAUGGACAGAGAAACUGGGUGGUGUGCGUGGACGCGGCGUCCCCCUUCCCCAGCCCUUCCCUCAGCCAUAUAUAGUCAUUAUCAUCAAACGUAUUUAAUGUGUAUUAGUACAGUACAUUACUGUUGUCAUAGGAAUGUUAUGCACAGCGUUUCAUAUAGACUAACUCCAUGUCUGAUAUGUAGUGGAAGUUUUAUCUUCAUCUUAUACUGAAAGGGCAUUGUAUAUACAGCAGGAAGGAGAGACGGGGAGGGCGGGAGGGUGAAAGGAACCGAGAGUCGAAGGAGGCUGGAUCCUCCCCUCUUCUCUUGGCUUCACCUCUCUUCCCACCCCUCCCUCACGUCUCUCGCUCCCUCUUUUCUCUAACGUCUGUUCUGUCCAUCGGCAGUCGGUGUGAACCAGUGGUUAUCAUAUACACACACACAUACAUUAUAUUACACACACGUUGCUAUAUCUCCCCUCAUUCUGUGGGUUUGUGUCUUUUUCUGGAGGAGGCACCGGUGUCGUCGGGUGUUUUCACUAUGUGGCGAUGAAGGUUUUUUUUUUAUUUGAGAUGAUGUAGACACUGAAAAAUAUUUGGGGCCGGGAGUUUUUCUAAAGCACAGAAUGAAGUGUAUCGUGUUUCUCUGCAGACCCUCAUUUAGUUCAUUUAUAACCUUUUUUACUUGACACCCAUUACGCUCUCAGUUAUUACUUUCCUCUGUUGCCCCCCCUGUCCCCAUCCUAUCGCUAUGCGAGCGUCGCUCAUUCAUAAAAAGCAAAUGAACCUCCUACCUUUUCUAUAGCUUCUCAUCCUGUCUUAAAAUUUCAGCUUUGAUUGAUGAUGGGAGAAACAAAAGAGGCGCGUAAAGCAGGCAUGAUCGCGUGAAGCUAGCUAACGACAUUCAAAUUGAGCUAAGUACAAAUCUUUUGCAUUUCUUUUUUAACUCCAAGUAAAUAAACCCCCCGCUCCCCCUACCCCCCGCCCCCGCUCCAAGCCUUUAAAACUCCUCGCCUAAAGGGCGGCGUAGCACUUUUAUUUAUUUUGUACCUUCCCUGGAAAGUAGCAGUACCUUCACAUAGCAUCAGAAUGCUCGGGAAGGAGACUGAUGAAUCAUCACUGUAGCUACAAAUACAGAAAUCAGAGGUAUUUUAUGGGCGCUCCUUGUCUCAGUGUAACUGAUGCUUUUUAAGAUGAUCUCCGCUCUCUUCCAAAGAGAUGGAGACGUGAUUGUGGACAGUGUCGUUUGGUGUUUCCCUUAAUUCCUUUAAGGGGUGAUUUGAUUGAGGACGUAGAGAGAAUGUGCUUUGUGUGUGUGUGUGUGUGUGUGUGUGUGUGUGUGUGUGUGUGUGUGUGUGUGUGUGUGUGUGUGUGUGUGUGUGUGUGUGCUGCUUCUUUGUCAGACUGUUGUUGAGUGUGAUUGUUUAGACGAAAGAUUUUUGACUCUGAAGUUGUGCCCCAGGUCCUUGAUACAUAUUACUCAGAGGUUUUGAGUUCAGUGGGCGUUUACGCUGAUGACUAAACAAGGUCAAGUAGACCUAACUGUCAGUUUUGGGACUGUGGUGAUGCUGAAUUCUGACCCUAAACCUACUCAAAGUGAUUGUUCCAGAAAAUAACGGAUCACUGUACAUUUCCUGUAAUCUGUAAAGUAUUUUCAUUUCUUGUAUUAUGAAUGCAAAAACAGAACAGGGUAUGAAGAUCAGUAUAGUAUUAGUAUGAAGUAUGGAGCUGGGGCACAGCUUUAGGCCUCUUGUUAAAAGAGAAGGAAGAUCCUCUGAAGUCCUAAUCUGGACUCAAAUUGAUCGGGUUCAUCUACGGAGGUGAGAAAAAGGUGACGCGAGGAACCAAAACAUUUCGUGUAGCAUCCACGCCUAACAGAGUGAAGCAUGCUGGAAUUAGCACCACGUUCAUAACGCGAGUCUUCUGCUGUUGUGAGAACCGCCAUCAGCUUUGUAAGCAUCGGCUUCUCCUUGAUCUCUCUGAGAUCUUAUCUAUAAUAAGUUUUCUAACUUGUUUUGAAGUUCAUGGUUUGAAGCAGCGUCCACUAAACUCCCCCGCCGUACACGCUCGGAUCAGUCAGUCCGUCAAAUAUGAAACUUUCGACUCCUCGUUGCCUCUUUGAAUUAUUUCCCCCCUUUUUAAUGACGACCUCCCCCUUUUCUCCGCCACAGUGUUUGAUUAUUGGUAUGAGCCUGUUUUUUUUUUUUUUUUUUUGGUUUCCAUGUUUUAUAAAGUUCUUUAUUUUUCAUGCGUGGAUUUGGAGCGGCACAGCUGCUGUUGUUACCGAUGUGGUGGAACAACUGGCCUUCUCUCUCUCUCUCUCUCUCUCUCUCCUUUUCUCUCUCUCUCACUUUCUCUCUCUCUCUCUCUCUCUCUCUCGUCACAGACUGUUGCCGUGGUGACAAUAAUGAGAACAGGUGCAUAAGUCUUUCUGCGUAUUAUUAUUGGCUGUACAAAAAAAAUAAAGUUUGUAUUUAUUGUGUACAAAUGUUAAUUAAUAAAAAAAUAUGGAAAGUUG